UGAAGCCCCCUCCCCAAAUUUCUCCCCCCAGGUUCGUGGGAGGGGGCGGCGAGAGCUGCAGCCUGAUCGCCGAGGGGCUCAGCACCGCCCUGCAGCUCUUCGACGACUUCAAGAAAAUGAGGGAGCAAAUAGGACAAACCCACAAAGUUUGUGUCCUGAUCUGUAACUCCCCUCCUUACCUCCUCCCCGCCGUGGAGAGCACGACCUACUCCGGGUACAGCACCGAGAGCCUGGUGCAGAGGAUCGCCGAGCGUGGGAUCCACUUCUCGGUGGUCUCCCCGCGGAAGCUUCCGGCGCUGCGGGCGCUGUUUGAGAAGGGGGCUCCCCCCGGCAGCCUGGAGCCCCCCCAGGGCAAAGAGUGCGGCCAGGACCCCCGGCACAUGGUGCUGGUCAGGGGGGUGGCACUGCCAG